UUGGGCUGUGACAUGUUUCCACCAGGGGAUUUUGUGGGAUUUAGUGCAACGUUGGAUGCACUACUGAGACUUCUGCACCAUUUUUAUGUGUUUUCCUUAUUUUAUAAACAUUUUCACCAGUUUCGUAUGUUUUCACCAACAUUUAGUAUGUAAAAAAUGCGAUUCUUUGGGGGAGGGAAAAAAAUACAAUAGGGCUCGGGCCCUAAUAAGCUGCGAUGAUAAGGUGUAGCAGGUAUUUUUGUGGCAUAAUUAAGUCAAAAUCUGCACUGUCGUGUGAGAGAGACAGGUUGAUGGGAAUGAUUGACAGUGACACAGUCAGUUACACAUCGUUUGUGAGGAUGUUAAUGGCAAACGGCGUUAUGGCACCCAAAAGAAAUGAUCUAAGUGGGGAAGAAAAAGGUAAGAAGAAUAAAAUAGAGGAAGAAAAACGGCCACAGGAUAAAGGUAAGGCAUUUGUUUGUGAUGUAGGAGAGUGGUGGGAGGUGUAACACCGAGUUUUGAGCAGGUUUGUUUUUUGUCCUGCUAGCUAGCUCAUCUAGCCUCGGACGAACGUUCGUUAGCUUGCUAGCAGCUUUAGUGUUUGCUUCGUCACAUUUCUGCUGUGCUGUCUGACACGCCUCACAGCUAUGUAUGCAGAAUGUUCUCUAUAAGUUCUGCAGUUUUGUUCAGCACAUUGAUAUCUACUAGUGUACUGGAUACAGACAUGUGUCUUUACAGUUUUAAAGAUAAGUCAAGUUAAAAGUCCCAUUUUGGUACUUUUUAAUCGAAAAAAUUAUUAACUGAGAUUUAAUAGAAACUACCUUCUUCAUAGGUUCUGACCAGACUUCUGACAAUGUUGUGUUCAGGACAUCUAUGUCAUAUCAUACUGCAAAUCAGACAUUUUUACUGUACUGCAUCAACUGCUUAAAUAGCCAUACAUUAUACAAACUAAAAAGCCAAAUAAAUCAAAAGGAUAAACCAGUGAUCUAGAGGUUCAACAUGGCAUGGUUCAGAUGUGUAAUUUUGGUAACUUUCACCUCAUUUGAUAAUGGAAACACUGCAUAACAUACCGAGUUACACUGUACUGCUUGGUCUUAUUUAAUUUGUGUGUCAAGUGUCUCAUAUUCUGCAGAGAAUUCCAUGUCGAAGGUAGUCAAACACAGGUCGCACACAAGAGCUGGCGCAGAAGGUUGAGACCUUCUGUGAGUGACCUGCUCAGAAGAGUACAGGAAAGCAAAGGAAAGGAUCUUUAUUGUCGUUAUACAACAAUUGGUAUUGCACAACGAAAUGUUGAGGUCAGACGGAGGGUUGAUCAGAGCCGCUGCGACUGAGCGCACCACCUCAAGCACUUCAAGCACUUGGCUCAGAGGCGACGCUCUGCCCCUUCACUGGUCUUUGGGAAAGCACUUGGGAUGCCAUGGUCUCCUAUCAGGGAGGAGGCGUCCUGCUGGGUGUCCGUGGAACAGAGUCCGUUCGUCUUUGGACUCAGCUGUGAAAACGGAGAGCUGCUGCUGGACGAGUGCGUUCAGGUCACUGAUCACACAAAGACCCGGGAGAGACACCUCUUCCUCUUUAACAAAGCCAUCAUUUUUGCCAAACUUAAAUCGACUGCCAGCUAUCGUUUGAAGCACAGAGUGAAUCUUGAGGACAUCUGGCUUUAUGGAUUCGAAGAUGAUGCAGAGGAAGAGGAGGGAACAAUCGGAGACAUUGACCUGAGGGUGACAGUUGUUUUGGCCUGGGCUCUCUCGUUUUGUUUGGUGUGUUUUCGCUCGCCUGAGGUUAAAGAACGCUGGUUAGAUACUCUUCACAGAAAAAUUAAAGACGCAAACGCGAGAGCCGGCUGUGCCUUUUCACCUCCAGACGUCCUCAUGAAGGUGUUGAGUGGCAGCAUUGCAACUAAAACUCUAACAGGAGGUGGCAUGGAACAAGUCAUUGAGUUCCCACUCGAUGGCGACGCAAAGUUAGCUGGUCUUUCGAAAGAGUUGAAUAAUGAAGAGGAGAAGCUGACGCAUCCCACUGAAAAAAAGUGGGGCCAAGUGGUGAGGAGGUUCAGAAAGGGCUCCAGCUUCAUCUACAAAGCAAGUCGCACAGAAGCAGACACAAAGACUCAGUUGUUUGGACAGCCCCUCUGCAAGAUAUGCACAGACGAAUGCUCACUUCCCAAACCAGUCACAGAGAUGCUGGUGUUGCUGAGGAAGAGGGGACCGACCACGGAGGGAGUGUUUCGAAAACCGUGCAACAACAAGAACAUGAAGGACGUCAGAGAGCAGCUCAACAGCGGCGUGGAGGUGGACCUGGUGGGCCAGCCUGUGGUACUGCUCAUCGGGCUUCUCAAAAGUUUCCUGAAGGAACUUCCCGGCAGCCUGCUGGUGUCCGAGCUUUAUGAUAAGUGGAUUGCAGCUCUGGGCAACGAGGACGCUCAGCAGAGAGCUCUGGAAAUCAAAAAGGUCGUAGACAAGCUCCCGGUGCACAAUAAGCUCCUCCUCCAGCAUCUCGUCUGCGUCCUCCAUCACAUCCUUGAGAGCGCUGACAUCAACAAGAUGGACGCCUACAACCUGGCGGUGUGCAUCGCCCCCAGUCUGCUGCAGCUGGACAACUCUCCGCUGGUUGAGCAGAAGGACAAGAUGAUGAAGGUCACAGAGCUGACACAGGUCCUGAUCGAGCACUGUGAAAUACUUGGAGAGAAUAUCCCCAACCUGCUGGAUACUGAUGAAGACUCUCUGUCCUCCCAGCAUCAUGACUCCGCAUAUGACAGCACUGACCCCGAUGGAGACGGGGAAGCAGGAGAAGGUUCCUCUCCUACACGUGAAGAAUGUGGCUCGUCGUCCUCUCUCUGCACCACUACCACCACUUCGUGGGCGUCAGACCCCUACUUCAAAUUAAAGCCGCCAUACAACCGCCGCUGCUCCGAGCCCAUCAUCCUCAUCUCACCUAAUCUCGAGGGUAUGCACGGCGGCCAUGCCAGGAGCCACGAGGACUUCUCCAUGGAGACGAGGGACUUUGAGGAGCAGCCUCUGAGGAAGCAGAUCUCCGAUGACUCCUUCCUGCUUGAAGGGCGAGCGCGACCCAGGUCUGUCCUGUCCUAUCCACUGCCGUACACGACAGGUCAUCGGGUCAAAGACUGCUCGAGCUCUUCACUAGAGAGCACUGCCUCAAACCAGUCUGAGGGCUCAGUUUUCACCAGCUCCCCUUUGGGGUCACCGGUCUGCCCCAGGAGAGCGAACAACACAAACCAGCCUUCAGUGGCUGCAAAGUCUCAACAGGACAUUGCCCGACCGAUUGCAGAUGAGAAGAGACGUUCACAGUCCAUGAGAGUGGCCAAUAAAGUUCUCAUGAGGACCAGGAGCUUAGGGGCCUUCAGUCGGAGCAGCAUGAAGAGAGACUCGCAGAAGGAAAACUCCUUCCCUUGUGAAACGCUCCAGGAGGACUCUCAGAGUGAGGCGGACACACCCACGGAGCUUCUGCACAAGACACAACCUCUGUCGGUCAUCGAGGUGUUCAAACAGGUGGACAGCCGGCUGCCCUGCAGGCCUCCCUCGUAUGAGCAGGCGGUGCAGAAUGCGGGACUUCCCCCACAGUACGGGGCAAUGACUGUACAAGACGCCAUAGUGCGGCGGUCCCGUCCGUCCUCUGUGAAUUACGACUUGCAUCCCAGCACUCAUUGCAUUGACAGUUUCCCUCAGGACAAGAGUGUCCCUUUCCGCCAGAGAGCCAUGUCUGAGUCAGUGUCCAGAGGUCACCGCGAGGUCCUGUCACGGAGAUGCAGUCAGCCCGUGUUUGAGGAAUUCUCUUACGCUAAGGAGUCUUAUGUUUGAAUGUGUUAGUACAGGGCAGUUCAGCUCAUCGUGCCGGGGUACUUAAAUUAGCAUUGUGAUGUCAUACCAGCUCACCAAUGAAUUCCACAAAGAAGAAGAAAAAUGCGAUAUCGAGUAUUCUGUGAUCUUUCUUUCUUUCUUUCUAGCCUUUGGCUCUUUAGACAAGCUUUGUUUUAGAGGCGGCCUCCCUAACGUUGUGCGUAAAUGAUGAUUCUAGCUCCAACCUGCAGGAGCGGAGCCGCAGUGUGCUUGGUACCACAACGGUGGGGUGCCAAAUAUAUGGAUCUUUUCCACAGAUCACAGAAUCAAGUGAACCUGCAGCUCGCUAUUCUUUCCCGGCCACUUCACACGGACAUAAGAGGUUAGCGAGGCUGACAUCCUAACCUAUAGAGAUCUAAAUUUUGAAUGAUUACAUCACAUUAGGCAGCUACUUGCCACCUGCAUUCAUUUGGUACGUUUUACUGAGCAACCCUGUGUAUAUAAAUGUGUAGUUUAUUCAUUUUCCCACUGUUUUCACUUUGAAUUAAUGUGCUGUCACUGUGGUGGCACUGUCCAAGUAGUACUAUUUAGAGUACAAAUAUUAAAAUGAUAUUUUGUUUGUAUUUAGUCUGUCACAAUGAAGCUAUGAAAUCACACUUUGCUGUGGAUGAAAAUAUGCUAUUAGUUUGUUUUUUAGUGAUGUGUACAGUAUGUUUUUAUAACCCCUUCGAUGUCUCCUCUAACUACAUGAAAGCACUUUCUUUUCUGAUAAUUAACUAUGCUUUUAGAAGUCAAUUACUGUAGAUAUCUAUGACCUUUGGUGAGGUUUCUUUGGGUAAAAAUAUGUCAAUAAAAG